AGUUUUAAAAUUUUAAACCUCUCAAAUAUUCUACCAAAAUAUCUUUUCUAACUUUCCCUCAGAAACCCCCCAAAAAACUCUUCAUCCAAGAAGGCUCUAAGCAGCGGACAGUGAAAGAGGCGUCUCUGAUUUUCAUCAAUCACAGCAUGUCUGGACCCAUCUUCCAGGAUGAUUUUGAGAGCUUGAAGAAAGAUAUCAAAAGGCAUGAAGAUAACCUAAAAUUUUUGAAGUCACAGGCAAAUCUUGUAGAUGAAUCGAUACUUGAUCUUCAAGUGAGUCUUGGGAAGUAUCAUUCACUAAAUACACCUAAAGCAGCAAGAAAGAAUGGGGGGUUUCAAAGUGAGGAAGAAACAGCAAAACAAAUACUAAAACAAGAGAUAACAGCAGCUGCAAUAUGGUGGCAACUAAAAUCUCAUCAUGCAAUAGCGCUUUCAGAUUUGCCAAUGACCAAGGAUGUGUUAGGUGUUGUGGCAACUCUUGCCAGUGUUGAUAAUGACAAUCUAAACAGGCUUCUCUCAGAGUACUUGGGUUUGGAGACAAUGCUGGCAAUAGUCUGUAAGACAUUUGAGGGUGUUAAGGCUUUAGAGACAUAUGAUGCGGAAGGCAAAAUAAACAGCAAUAUUGGUCUACAUGGCCUAGGAUCUUCAAUUGGGAGGAAAAUUAAUGGCCGAUUUCUCGUCAUUUGCCUUGAACAUUUGAGGCCAUAUGCUGGCGGUUUUAUAGCUAAUGAUCCGCAAAGGAAGCUUUCUAUUGAAAUGCCAAGGCUACCAGAUGGGAUUUGUCCAACCGGUUUUCUUGGUUUUGCUGUUAACAUGGUCAAUCUGGAAAACGCUAAUCUGCUUCUUGUCACUGCCAAUGGACAUGGCCUUAGAGAGACACUACUUUAUACUAUAUUUUCUCACCUUCAAGUAUAUAGAAGCAGAUCCGAAAUGCUACUUGCUCUCCCAUGCAUAACUCAUGGAGCCGUAUCUUUGGAUGGUGCGAUGAUAAGAGGAAACGGUUUCUUUGCUCUUGGCAAUAGGAAUGAUGCAGAGGUGAAAUUCCCAGUAAUUUCUAGCAAAGGUAAUUUACCUACAAACUACACUCAAAUUGAAUAUAAGAUCAAGAUGUUAAAACGGGAACAUCUGACUAUUGCUGAGGAUAUGCGAAGAGAACAGUCAUUGUUGGACAAGACAAAGGUUCAGCUUGCUUCAUGGGGCAAGCCUAAGAAGAAAAAUUGCUAAAUGUAAAGAGAAGUUGUUGCAUCACCUUCAUUUUUUGGAUGGCAGGAAAUUAUUUAUCUGCAUUUAUAGCUUUGUAAAUUUCACUGGUAGCUAGUUUGCUGGAGGUUCUUCGAGUGUAUAGUCAUUGGCUCAAACUUUUUUUUUU